AAUAAUUUUUGGAACGUCAAUGAUCAUGAGAUAUUUAAUUAUUUUGUUCAUCUCAACAAUAGUCUGCUCCUCUAAUGCAGAAGUUGUUCAGGAGGAUAAUUUAAAAAUAGUUCAAGCCGGAGAAGAUGUUAACCUCACUUGCACCUUUUCAAAGCUUCUGCAAGUGACAACAGCAUGGUUUAAACAGACAGCUGAUAGAAAAAACUUACAGAUUGUAUCUUUAUAUUUAAAACAACAACCCAGUUGGAAUUUGGACUUUGAUAAAACAAAUCGUUUUAAUGUUAUUAAAGGAGAUGAUCAUUUUAAUCUAACUAUUUUAAAGACAAAACCUUCAGACUCCACAACAUAUUACUGUGUAGUCUCAUCAUAUUACACCGUUGAAAUGGGUGCAGGAACCAGAUUACUUGUCAAAGAUGCAGCUGUGGACAGACACCUAACUCUUCAGCAGUCUUCAAUAGACACACUUCAUCCUGGGGAUUCUGUGAGUUUGCAGUGCAGCAUCUUCACUGAGAGCUGUGCAGGAGAACACAGUGUCUACUGGUUCACGCAAAGCUUGGGAGAAUCUCAAGGAGUCCUUUACACAGAAGGAGAGAGAAAUGGUCUGUGUGAGAACAGCACUGGGUCUCAAACACAGAGCUGUGUCUACAAUCUCUUCAAGAGCAACGUCAGUCACUCUGAUGCUGGGAUUUACUAUUGUGCGGUGGCCGCGUGUGGAGAGAUACUGUUUGGAAAAGGAACUGAACUAAAUUUUAGAGAGAGUGUCGAUGUGAACCCAACCCUGCUUGUUCUUGGAGUUUUAAACAUCAUAUUUUUGACUUUAGCUGUUUUUCUUGGCAUAAAAAUAUGUCAGGAUCCAAAUAAAAGUAAGAUUUCAUUUUGGCACACAUACUGUGAAAUAAUAAUAUAUUUAUUUUGUCACACAAAAAUGUGUGUUUUUACAAAAAUGCAACAAUUGCCACUAAAUAUAUUAUAUUUUCUUUCUUUUCUUUUUAACAUUUUAUUAUUUGCCCACAAUCCACAAAUUUCAAGAGUGUCAAGGUGA